AUGUAUCCAAGUUCGUUCGGCUACAUGUGUGUACGAGCUGACAACAAAUGGGUCUCGCUCGCAGAAAUCGUAAACGAAUCGCAAUUAAUUAUUGCAUACCCUGCAAAUAUGUACAAGCCCGCGGGGACCGAAUCCGGGUUUUCACGUUUUCCAGUAGAAUGCCCUCUACAAUUUUAUUCACUUUCGGGUCCUCUAUCGAUCGUGUCAAGACACAUUUUAAAUCCAUUGACCCAUUCUCGAGAUACUCGUUGA